UUCAGUCAAAUAAAUUUUAAAAUAUUUCCCAAAUCAAAUCUUAAAUCACAGUUACUUUAUUCAUAAUUUUACUACAACAGGUACUAUUUAUAAUUAUCAAAAAAAUGAAGGCUUAUUAUUAAUAAAGUGCAGUUAUUAUAAUAAAAAUAAACAUGUUUCUACACGAAAGAAUUUGCCAAUGGCUAGGUCAAUUAAAACUAUCUCGGGUAAUUUUCAUGGUAUCAGUGAUAUUAUUUAUCGUGCCUUUAGUAACUCACUAUUAUUUAUCUAAGUAUGAAUCAACGUCUAUGUCAUUGGGCUCAAACAGCAUGCGACACACUUUGGAAGCCCUCGGCGAUUUAUCUACUAUGAAUGUAGUUGAUCUUAAAAUAAGAAUUGAAGAAAUGUUGAGGAUAAAGGCUUCGGUAUCAACUGAGUUGAGAGAAUUGGAAGAACGACGUGGAAAAUUACAAAAAGAAGCUGCAGCAGCGAGUGCGAAAGCGGACAGUGUUAAGGCCGAGUACGCACGGGCGACGGCCGAACUGCAAAGAUUGCGCGUUUCGGCUGACCAGGCACGCCUUGCGCAGUUGGAAGCGAUCCGUCGAGAUUCUCCUGAGCUUGCUCCCCCUACACAAAUUCUUCCCGCGAAACCUCCGUCGAUUCGACCGCCUAUUAGUUUAAGUUCCGAAAUGCAUUGUCGUAUGCAUUCCUGCUUUGAUCAUUCACGUUGCUCCUUAACUUCUGGUUUUCCAAUAUAUUUUUAUGAUCCCGACAUUCAUAACCCGCUCGCUAGCGCUGAGGUUGACGGAUUUCUGAAAACAACGUUACGUCAAACACUUACUUACAAUUCACACCUUACGCAAAACCCUAACGAGGCAUGUGUUUAUCUCGUUCUUGUUGGAGAAGGUUUUCCCCUUGACAAAAGUCCCUCUUCUACAACAGACGCAUUUAAGCUGUUAUUGAAUGAGACGGCGAUUAAAAGUUUACCAUAUUGGGGAGGCGAUGGUCGUAACCAUAUUUUACUAAACAUGGCGCGUCGUGAGUUAUCUGUCGGGUCUGGUGACGCAUUCCAUACCGCCUCGACGGGAAGAGCAAUGAUCGCUCAAUCCACUUUUACUUUACAACAGUUUCGACCGGGUUUCGAUAUUGUAAUGCCUCCGGCUCUCGGCCCUCCAGGAGGAGACGUAUGGGCAGAUUGUGCUCCUAUAGCGCCAGCGAGACGUAAAUACAUACUGAGUUUUCAGGGCUCACAGACGCCAACACCGCAGGGAAUCGAUAAAGACGAUGAUAAAUAUCUGAUCGAAUCUCUCCAAAAGGCAGCAAAAUCGGCACCAUCGUCGGAUGUAUUUUUCUUACAGUUUGAGUGUGAUCCGCCCAUAGAAAGGCGAGCAGUUCUACCGAUUGGGGAUUGGGCGCUGUGCGGUACCGAUCGUUCGCGGCGAUCUAUUUUACGCGAUUCUACAUUUGGUUUGAUACUUGCUCCCGCUGAUAGUAAUUAUGCUACAACAGCCCUUUUACAAGCGAGAUUAUAUGAGGCGCUACGAUCGGGUGCUAUUCCAGUAGUCCUCGGUGGGGACCGGAUUCGUCUUCCAUACGACGAAGUACUGGAUUGGAAAAGAGCGACUUUGUUAUUACCGAAGGCUCGUGUAACAGAGUUACAUUUCCUCCUUCGAGCGUUGUCCGAUGCAGAUUUACUGGCGUUUCGAAGACAAGGUCGUGUGUUAUGGGAGCGGUAUUUAAGUUCGGUGCAAUCAAGUAUGGAUUCGUUGCUUGCGACGAUACGAAUGCGCUUAAACAUACCGGCACGCCCGGCGUUAGCCAUUACGGGCUCACCUGCGUUCAACGAUUCAUACUAUCCGCCAAAACUUGAGCCACCAGCCGUAGACACUGAGCCGGAAGAAACUCUCGGACCGCUAGAGGCACCUUACCCCAGUCCGGCAUACCGGCGUAACUACUCAUUGGCUCUGCUGCACGGAUACGAGUUGUGGAAUGAAUGGGGCGAGCCGUUUGCUCUGUACCCACAACUGCCAUGGGACCCUCCAGUGACGUCGGAAGCUAGGUUUAUGGGUUCGGCGGCCGGGUUCAGACCAAUCGGAGCUGGCGCAGGUGGUUCCGGGAAGGAGUUCAGUGAGGCUCUAGGUGGCGAUCGCGCGAGGGAACAGUUUACAAUAGUUAUUUUGACCUAUGAACGAGAAGCAGUCUUAGCUGCCGCUUUAGCGAGAUUACGAGGCUUGCCGUAUUUAAAUAAGGUGGUGGUGGUGUGGAACGGCGUGAGCGCGCCGGCGGCGACGCAGGCGUGGCCGGAGGCGGGCGCGCCGGUGGCGGUGGUGCGCGCGCCGCGCAACUCGCUCAACAACCGCUUCCUGCCCUACCACGUCAUCGACACCGAGGCCGUGCUCUGUGUCGACGACGACGCGCACCUCCGCCACGACGAGAUCGUCUUCGCCUUCAGAGUGUGGCGUGAACAUCGUGACCGCAUAGUCGGCUUCCCUGGGAGGUAUCACGCCUGGGAUCUUAAUUUCAAUAACGGUUUCCUUUACAAUUCAAAUUACAGCUGCGAGCUGAGCAUGGUGCUGACGGGCGCGGCCUUCGUACACCGCUACUACCUGUGGGCCUACUGGCGCGCUCUGCCGGCCGCCGUGCGAGACUACGUGGACGAGUACAUGAACUGCGAGGACAUCGCUAUGAACUUCCUCGUCGCGCACAUCACCAGGAAGCCGCCCGUCAAGGUGACGUCACGCUGGACGUUCCGCUGCCCAGGCUGCCCCGUCACGUUGUCUGCUGAUGAAACACAUUUUCACGAGAGGCAUAAAUGUAUACAGUUUUUCUCACAGGUAAUGGGCUACACGCCGCUACUGUCGACGCAGUAUCGCGCUGACUCCGUGCUAUUUAAAACGAGAAUACCUCACGACAAACAGAAAUGUUUUAAAUUUAUAUAAUUUACAUAACAUAUAUUUUUAUUUACAACCAACUUAAAUUUUAUACAAUUUUUAUUAAAUUUAGCAAAUAAUAGGUCAGAGUUAAUUACUCUCGCUUUUUAUAUUUCCGAUGUUACAUAUUUUUUACAUAAGAUCAUAAGUUCAUAUACCAAUACAAUAUAUAGCAUUUUUUUAAUUUAAAUGUGACUAAGAACAAAAUCGA